CUCACCCCUCCUCCCGCAUCCCUCCCUCCGCUUCUUCCUUCCUUUUUUUUUCCUUCCCUCGGUCCUUCCUCGCGUCCUUCGUGCAGCCCGAGGAGCGGCAAGAUGGAGCAUACGGCCAGCGCGACUACAUCAGCAGCGGCGGCGGCGGCGGCAUCAUCAUCAGCAGCAGCAUCAGCAGCAACAACAACAACAGCGUGAAGGAAGAGACGCGGGCAGAGCAGUAGCAGCAGAUCAACAACAUAGCAACACAGCGGACAGCAAGGCAACCCGGAUAGUCGUGCCUGUGUCCUCCAGCCGUGAGCUCGGAGGCGGGGAGACCGACACCUGCACUCCUCCUCACCAUCAACCUCCUCAUCCUCGUCAUCAUCUGGCCGUGGAGGCCGAGAGAGAGAGGCAGAGGCAGAGAGAGAGAGAGGCGAGCGAGGCGGCCAGCUCCGAGCCAGCCCCGCCGGGCGUCCCCGAGAAGAUGAGAGCCGCGGCCGCGUGAAACAUGAGCGAAGAGCUUCAUCCAGAUGACGAGAACCACAUUGUCCGCGUGCGCGCAGUGGUGAUGACGAGGACGGACGAGGGCUGGGUGUCGCUGGCCGGCGGCGGCCUCAGCCAGGUCAGCAUCUCCCGCCUCCUGCAGCCCGACGAGAACGGCCGCAGCGACUUCCUAGUGCGCGGGGAGCGCAUUGGGGAUGGCCUGGUUUUGCUCAAGUGCUUUCUGAAGAAGAACCUGGUGUACACGGUGGCUUCUCCGACCUUCCACCACUGGAUGAUCGACGACAAAAAAUUUGGGCUCUCCUUCCAGACGCCGGCCGACGCGCGCGCGUUCAACCGCUGCGUGCGCAAGGCCAUCGAGGACCUCGCCGAAGGCUCCACCACAUCGUCGUCAACCAACCAGAACGAGGCUGAAAUUGGAGGGGACGACGAUGUGUUUUCGCUCAGUGUGGAAGGCAUUUCUCCCGCCCUGGUGAAGAAGGACGGGGGAGGGAAGGGACAUCAGGCGACGGCGCGCGGCAAGCUGGGGCGGCACGUGAGCUUCCAGGACGAGGACGAGGAGGACGAGGCGGCGCAGGGCAACGCGCCCGAGGAGCGCGGCCUCAUGGGAGUGCGCGGCGGCUACGACGACUACCGGGACGCAGCGGCGCGCAAGCGCGACCUGCAGGCGCUCCAGGGCCACUACGUGCAGGUCGGCUGCAAGGGGGACGGCAAGAAAGCCGAGUACGAGCGGUCACGCGGCAGCCCCGGCGAGGCCGAGGCCGAGAAGGAGGAGCGGGGCGCCGGCCGCUUCGGCAAGGCGCCGGCGGCGCGCCACCCGCAGCAGCUGCAGCUGUGCGAGCAGCAGCAGCUGCCGCAGCAGCAGCAGCAGCAGGCGCGCGAGGAGGAAGGGGUCGCCGGCGGCGGCGGCGGCGGCGGGGUGCUGCGGUGCAAGUACUGCCGCGCGGCGUUCGACCCGCCGGGCAACCGGCGCGGGGGCUGCCCGGACGCGCCGGACCCUGCCCGUCGCUGCGUGACGGCGCUCAGUUGCAUGUGCGCCGCGGAGAGCAUGCUGUACCACUGCAUGGCCGACCCCGAGGGGAACUACUCGGACCCCUGCUCGUGCGAGACGGGCGGCCACGAGAGGUUCGGCCUGCGCUGGGCGGCGCUGGUCGCUCUCUCGCUGCUGGUGCCCUGCCUGUGCCUGUACCCGCCGCUGCAGGGCUGCUACACGUGCGGGAAGGUGUGCGGCUGCUGCGGAGGCAAGCACAAGGCGGCGGGCUGAAGGGAAAGUCGCAGGCCGUAGCCGUGGCUUUGGAAGUCUUUCGGAAGCCUCGUGAAAAUAAAGGCUCCGUUGAUUCGCCUCCGGUUUAACCGGGCGAGUUUUCCGCGCUGGCGAGCGCGUCGGCCACUUACGGUAGUUUGUUCCGGCAUUCGGCGACGGGCGAGUCUGAGGGUUGGUCGCAGUCGAAUGGGGAUGGUCCACUCGCACUCUGAUGGUUACACAAAUAGGGUGUAGUGCUCAGUUUCGCGACCGAUUUAAUUCUAGAAAUAUUUGCAGAGGGGGUGUGUAAAGAAGAAAAAAAGGAAUGGUUUUUUUUUUCACGGAAAAUAACGUUUGGCUUCAGUGGUAGUUUGGAAUCUUUCGCCAUCGCUCUCACCGUUUUGAGUCCGCAUUAAUUGCCCUCCUCAGUCGUAUCUCGUCAACACAAUGCCAGGGGGGUGCGUACUGCACGCAAGCCGUUGGGAGAAUGCCGUACUUGUUUUCUUGACGAACCUCCUGUACACUUAACUUUCCGCGACGUCCGAUCAGUUCUGUUGUUUUUCAGCCAACCCCCCUCCAACGUUUGUCGAGCCCAAACGCUCUCGGGCCCGGCUCCUCCCAUGUCGAUCGCGUAGUGCAGUGGUUCUUAACCUGGGGUGCACGCACCCCCUGGGGGUGCGAGACAUGGCCAGAUUUUUGUCAGAAGGUAAAUCGUAGAGAAGGCAAAUUACGCACGGGCACGUGGGUACAACUACUUUGUUUCAUCAAACCCUAUGUAUUUAUUAACAUUGUACCUUUUUUUUUUACAAUUGAGAACCAAAGGGGGGGGGGGGGGUGGGGGUGCAAAGCUGCAGCAAAGGUUAAGAACCACUGGCGUAGAGGUUUCUUUGGGAGACGUUCUGCUGUGGGUGGACGGAUGGAUGGAUUUAAGCAAAACAAAAGGAGACGUGUAAGAAGGGUGUGUAAGUGUUGUGUCUGUCAUACUUGUCGUACAUAGACGCACUCGAUAAAUGCCACAAAAGUUGCAAUUAGAACACCCAGGGGUCGGUGGUACUCUUAGGCGUCUUGCUGUGAGACAGCGCAUCGGUAAAAAAAAUCGUCGCAAAUGAAUGGAUUUUCUUCCCCCAUGCCCUCCCCCUCAAUCUCUUGAGUGUCGAUGAACCGAAACAACUCGCACGGUUUCCAAAUUAUCACCUACCAGCUGUUAAAACAACUCGCGAGCAUUUUGUAUAGAGACCUCGUGUGUAUCAAGUAAUUGUUCACCAGUCACGACCAAAAAAAUGUAAACCCCUGGACUCGGAAGUGUCCAUUUUGAGUGUUCAUUGUCGAUCGGUAUUGAAAUUGCCCGAGCCUAAUCCUCCUCCGCUGCCAUAAUCGUCUUGCCGUUGUCCCCGAUUGAACCCCCCCCCCCCGUUCCCAGCAGCGACUGCACUCGGAGGCCCCCCAUAGAGUGACCCAAUUCACCUCGUCUGACAAGAGGGUCUGAGUUUAACCGAGAUUUUCAGAAACUUAGCGGAGUCAAAGUCCUUGGAUGGAGAUCCGAUGAGCACUCGACGCGGCACACUCCCCGGUCGACGCUUCACCGUCUCUUUUGCGCGUGCGAUUAAGAGGACCUGGAGGCCAGACUCCCCUUGCGUGAGCGACGGAGCCGGGGAGACCGUAGCUUGCAGUUCCGCCCCCGCGCUCCGAUUUGCCGCUCGCCACUGCCGAGCAGCUGUGGCCAGGCUUUCCCUGCAAGUUCACGGGGCCGCGCCGCGCAUCCCGGCUGCAGGCUUAUUAGGGAGGCGAUUUGUAAAUUGCACAACGAGGGCAUACGUACAAUAAUGCAUACGAGAGGGGGCGGUUUCAAAUGUGGGUUGUUGAAUGUGCGUACAGGCUCUUGUUUUCACUAUCAGCCUGGAUGACGGCUCUUGUCAAUUCACUGGCGAACAAAGGCAUCGAUGUUUGGCAGCAGAGGGGGCAGUGCAGCGAAUCCCCCGUUGUUGUGCUGUACUUCUUUGCUUCCACGCCUAUGCAUUAAUUGCACGAUGAGCGCACAAAUAAUGGGAACAUAAAAAUUGAGAUUCAACACGAUGUCAGCGCGACUCUUUUAGUACCUCAGUUCUCAACGCGUUUCCGCCUGGAGUGUAAACCUGUGUAUGUGAAUCCCUUCGGGGGUGCGUCAUUCGUAAACGGAUGUAGUCGUUUUAUUCUUUUUUCGGUUUGGGCACAACCCCCCCUCCCCCGCGCCACUGAGGCGCACGUGCUGGAACACCCCGCCGCACUGCGUCGGAGUGCCGGCGGGGGGGACAUCUAGUGUGGGAUGAACUCCACAGGUAUCCGCCAGUGACGUUCCCCACCUUGCGUUGUUGUUGAAAACUUCGCAGCGGCGUAUUUUUUGUGUGCGGGGUGUGUUGGACGUAUGUCUUUUUUGUUUUUUUGUUUUUGUUACCGCAGUUCCUUUGUGGUUUAAGGAGAAACUACGAUCUAUUUUCCGGGCACUUUUCACACCGCUUGAUUUUUUUUUAUUAUUGUUGUUGUUGUUGAUUUUAUUUUCUCCUUACAGUUUAUUGGAGCGUUCGUGUCCCGCCCGUGGGGUUUUUCCAUCACAUUGACGCAAUCCUUCACGUUGAGUUGAGGUGACCUGGCGUACUUGAUAUCAUAAGUUUUUGUUUUUAAGCGAAGUAUAAACUUUUCAAAAGUCCAGAAAAGGUGCGUAAGAUUCGAGAGUUCACUGCCAUUUGCUUCUGUUUAGAAAACAACAAAAGAUAUAUUUAUUUCUCUUUAAAUUAGAUGCCCCAUAUUUAAAUAGGGGUUGUAGAAAUUUAGAUAUUAGGCUUGAGAAUCUGAGAUUGAAAAGAAGCUAUCUGUAAACUUUAGCUCUGUAUGUACUGAAAGAAUUUUGUCAAAAAUAUUUUAAAAGUAGAUUUUAUAAAGCCAAUUUGAAGACGGGGGUCUCUGAACCACAAGCAGCCCGGUGUACAUAUUGUUUUGUAAUUCCAAAUAACUUGAGGCGUUCUUUGACACGAGAGAGGGAGUAUGCGCUGUAUAUAGUUCUAUGUUCAUGUUGACGAUGAUGAUUCCGUGUUUAUCCUCGGUGGGCCCCUGAGAGAGCGGGGCAGCCGGUUUAAAGAGUGGUAGUUCCUGAGUGAAGGUGACAUGAAUGCAACUUCGGUUUUAAAUUAUUAAACGAUUUCCUUAGACCUGACUGAUGUUUGCGCCUUACAGUUUUAACAUUAUCGAUCGCCUCGAUCCUUCGGGUUCGUUUCUAACAGGCAGCCGGGCUAUAUCGUCGGACAGUGGUUUCGUUUUUUUUUCCUUUCUCCGUUCGAGUCGUGGACAUGCGGCGACAUUUCCCAGCUCGGUGGGGAAAAGGCCGUCGUGGUUGCGUAACGUCGCGGUAAGAGGCACUGCGCUUCGUCGAGACUCGGUGGCACAGAGAGCCUACGCAGGAUACCAUUCCCCAGGGGCCCGUUUACAACCGCGUGCUGGAAAUCAGCCCCCACGGGCUCGACGCAGGUGUGGCCGGAGUUUUUUUUUUUUUGGGGGUGGGAGGGGGUGACCGGUUGAGUCGAAUGCGGCUCUCCGAUUCUUUUGGGACCGUAGCUGCCGUCGGGUUGACGGUGGGCAGACUGGGGCGCCGCGGGUGCGACGUUAUCUCCCUCGCCCCGUCACGCAGGGAGGCCCCCUUGGGUUCGAUCCCAAUAUCCCGUUGGACUCGGGGUCCCAGCGGUGCUCGCCGGUCGCACCGUGGGUAGGAGCGAGCGGGCCCCACGCCUCAUCUUGCAUGACUAAUUGCGGACUCUUGCGUUACACCGGGUUAUUUUUUUCUUUAGAUUUUUAUUAUUGUAUUGUUUAUUUGUAUUUUUUUUAAAGAAAGCAUUUAUAUAGUGACUUGAUAGAGCGCGCGCGCGCGCACACACACACACACCUUUCUAUCAUUCGUGUCGAGCGUUUGCAUGUCGUAUCGUUUUUUUUUGGUUAGUAAUUAAAAAAAAACUCUCGCUCCGAAGGAUAUUUGCUCAUAUUUAAAUUAACAUUUUGGCAACCGGAAGAUAAAAAAAAGAAAAUAAUCUCUGUAUAAAAAAAGCCUUUAUGUUGCAGUCGUUGUGUACAGUAUCCUUAUGCUUCCAAAUUGAAAGCAGUUUAGUGGUGAAAUCCUUUAAAGUAUGAGUUCUGUGUUGGUAACCGUUUGCCGUUUAUCAUAGAGAAGUGAAGUGCCUCCUGUUCUGUCUCCCAGCGUGCCACCGGUGUUCAAUCAAUACUUUAUAUCGGCCCUUUUUUUGACUGUAUUAGAGACACGUGCUAUGAUGUACAUUUUUAGUUUAUAUUACUCCUCAAUUUAUAACACUUUGGCUGUACGCUUAUGUGUAUACUCUAGACAGUGUUACUUGAACGGAAUAGUUCAUAAUUGUUUUCCAAUUAUGUUGUGCGGUGUUUUAUUAAUGAACACUACCAAAUAAAGUGCUGGUAUCUGCACCGGUGGGUCUUG